ACAUACCAUACCUAUGGAUUCAUCCAUUCUUCCUGCUCUGCUGAUUGCCCUGUUCAUACCCAUCCUCCUCCACCUUGUCACCCGAUUCAAGUACUCAUCCUACAAUCUCCCUCCAGGCUCACUUGGCUUCCCAUUCGUUGGCCAGAGCAUCUCCUUCCUCCGGGCCCUUCGCAGUAACACUGAUCACCAAUGGUACCAAGGCAGGAUCGGCAAGUAUGGUCCUGUGUCCAAGAUGUGGCUGUUUGGCUCACCUGCAGUCCUGAUGGCCGGACCUGCAGCCAACCGCUUCAUAUUCAGCAACAAGGACCUGCUCUUCACGGGGACAAGGUCGAUGAACCUCCUUAGCGGCCGGAAUAUACUGAUGCUCUCAGGCGAGGAGCUGAAGCAAGUCCGUGGCGCACUGCAGAAUUUCUUAAGCCCAGAAAUGGUAAUCAGGUAUGUCUCUAAGAUGGAUGAGGAAGUCAGGAGGCAUGUUAAGGUGAAUUGGGUUGGACACAAGACUGUCAAGGUUCUUCCUUUGGCAAAGAGGCUCACAUUGGACAUCAUCUGCUCGGUCAUCUUCGGACAAGAGGCAGGUUCUGUCAGAGAAGCCCUUGCCACCGACUUCCCGGCGAUGGUGAGGGCUGCGCUGUCGAUUCCAGUGAAGAUACCUUUCACCAGGUUCAGCAGGGGCCUGAGUGCGAGCCAAAGGAUCAGGAAGUUGCUCAGGGGGAUCGCUCGUGAGAGAGAGACGCUCUUGCAGCAGCAGCAGGCUCAUGGCGCUUCAGCAGCUGACGAUUUCUUCACAUACAUGCUCGCCUUGCGUGCUGAAGGUGCGCACUCGCUCACGGUCGAGGACAUCGUGGACAACGCGAUCUUCCUUCUGAUCGCAGGCUAUGAGACGACAUCUGUUCUAAUCACAUUCAUGCUCUGGCACCUGGACAAGGAGCCAGAAGUCCUUUCCAAGAUAACUGAGGAGCAAGAUGAGAUUGCCAGGAACAAGGGACCUGAGGAUGCUCUAACCUGGGAUGAUGUUUCAAGGAUGAAGUACACAUGGAAGGUGGCAAUGGAGACAGUGCGAACAAUCCCUCCAAUUUUUGGGAGCUUCAGAACAGCUACCAGAGACAUCGAAUACCAGGGCUAUCACAUUCCAAAAGGUUGGAUGGUAUUCACAGCCCAAUCUGUUACACAUUUGGAUGCAAAUAUUUUCCCUGAGCCAAGCAAUUUCGACCCUGCUCGAUUCGAGAACAACUCUUCGAUUCCUCCUUAUUGCUUUGUGCCAUUUGGGGGAGGUCCAAGAAUGUGUCCUGGAAACGAGUUUGCAAGGACUGAGACAUUGGUGACCAUGCACUCCUUGGUGACACAGUUCAGGUGGAAGCUGUGCUGCAAGGAAGAAAGCUACAAGAAAGAUCCGUCUCCGACGCCUCUUCUUGGACUCCCAGUUGAACUGGAGCCGAGAUGCCUCCCUGAAAAUGCUCAUGCUUAAAAAUUGCUUCAUGUCCGUGCAUUUUGAGUUUAUGCUAUUUGCAGUUAGCCAGAGAGAAUCAUGGAGUAAUGCAGUACAAAUCCAAGAACUGACAAGAAUUCAAGUCCAAAUUCAAUCCUUAGAUUGAGAAAAACAAAAGCAAAUCUAUAUGAACAAUAUAGACACUAUCUAUAUUCGGAUUCUCCAACUUUUGUUAUACAUAUGUAGAUUAAAUUUAAACUGGCGUGUUCGAGGGGUAUGAAUAAUGUUAUGAUCUACGGUGUUGGCACUUUUCACAAAUUGUAACGUGAUGACUAUUCAAGUAGCAUGCAAGGAUGACAGUA